GUUAAACCGGUUGAUUUAUUACUACGGUGCGCUACCCUAUUGCGGGAAGUACCUGGUCAAGAUCUUAAUAUAAGCAAGGUCAUAUCGCACGAAGACUAUAAUAAAAAUGUAUCAAUUAAUUGCGACAUUGGACUUUUACAAGUCACUGGUGAAUUUAAGUUAGGUACAUCAGCACUAGACAAAAUAAAACUACCUGACCAAGAUCAAGAUUAUGCAGCACCUGGAUCAGUAGCUACAGUAACUGGAUGGGGUGUAAAUGCCGACUAUAAAUUACCCGAGAAAUUACAGACAGUUGACGUACCGGUGCUCGAUAGGGCCACUUGUAUCAGUGAUUACAAGUCAAGUAUAAGUGACUAUAUGUUUUGUGCUGGAUAUGAUGAGGGUAAAAGGGACCAUUGUUAUGCUGAUUCUGGUGGCCCACUAAAGUUUAACAAUACGCUGAUAGGUAUUGUGUCAUGGGCUUUGGGAUGCGCAGAACCACACCACCCUGGUGUCUAUACGCGACUGGUAUUUACUAAACAUUUA